AUUGCUUGGUUGCUAAGACGCUGUUUCUUCCCAGCAAAGAUGGCGUAAAUAGAUACGAUGUAGCUGUUCUUGAACAUUCAACAAUCCUGCUACAUUGUUUCGAUUAAGUAUUAGUGUAAAUAUUUGACCAUGGCAGAUAUUCAGGAUGAGGAAACGGCGCUGGCAUUACUGCUCUAUUACUGCCAGGAAAAGUAUUCCAAUAAUGUCAUCGUAAUUGCAACGGAAGCGCAGAGGAAAUUCAGCAGCAAUCCUAUCUUUUUGUUUUUCCAUGCCUAUGGCAUCCUCAUGCAAGAGCAAGUCAAAGAUGCCAUCCAAGAAUUUGAGCAGCUUUGUGAUAAACGCGAUGUGUCUCUCUGCUGCUACAUGGCCCUUGUGUAUGCACACAAGAAGAAACCCAAUCCAGAUCAAGAUGUUAUCCAGGAGUUUGAUGUGAGGGUUAAGGAGGACCGCAAGAGUGCAAGCCCUAAGGGUCUGUACUACGCUGCCAUGUUCCUUUGGCUGCUGGGCCGCAAUGAUAAAGCAAGGGAGUAUGUGGACAGAAUGGUUAAGAUCUCCAAUGGAUCUAAAGAGGGCAUUAUCCUUAAAGGAUGGAUAGACCUGACAUCCAAUAAGGAGCCGUACGUGAAGAAGUCCGGGAAGUACUUUGACGAGGGGAUGAAAGAGAACAGCAGUAUUCUGGGUCUAAUGGGGAAGGUUCAGUACUGCGAGUUUCGCCAGAACUAUUCAGGGGCCCUAGAGCUGGUGAGCCAGAUCAUUGUCAGCUACCCGGGCUUCAUCCCAGCCCUCAUCAAGAAGAUGCAGCUCUUUCUAACCUUGCAAAACUGGGAGCAGACCGUGGACGAAGCUCAUAGGCUCUUGCAGAGGGACAAUAAUAACCUGGAGGCCCUGAGAAUGCUGGCCCUGCAUUCCCUCUGCAGAGAAGGGGACAUCAGCGAGUCUAUGAACUACCUUUCCAACCUGGUCACCAAUCUGGAGCUCCAGGAGCCUGUCAACCCAGAUCUGCACUACAGGGUGUCCCUGGCCUUCACUCGACUGUGUGGACGCGCUGAGCGGAUCCUGCAGCAGACUCACUCCCUGGUGGAGCGGGCCUUCUCCCAGACGUCGGUGAGCUCGGAGCUGGCCACGGAGAUGGGCUACCAGCUGGUGCUGCAGGGCCGUCUCAAAGAGGCCAUGAAGUGGUACAAGACCGCCAUGAGCCUGGACGAGUCCAGCGUCUCCGCUUUGAUGGGCAUUAUCAGGUGUCAGCUCCUGGAGGGCCAUCUGGACGAUGCUGAGCAGCAGCUGGAGUUCCUCACCGAGAUCCAGCAGUCCAUCGGCAAAUCAGGGGAGCUGCUGUAUCUGCGCGCGGUGCUGGCGGUGAAGCGUAGGAAGGGUCAGGAGGAGGUGACCAACCUGCUGAACGACGCGGUGGACACCCACUUCUCCACCCUGCAGGGGCUGCCCCUCAGCGUCGAGUACUUCACCCGCCUCAACCCAGACCUGCUGCUGGAGAUCGCCGCCGAGUACCUAGCCCUCUGCCCCGCCAAGCCUCCAGCCCAGGGGCAGCCUCCCGCUCCUCAGCUGCAGCACUGUGCCUCUGUCCUGGACACGGUGGUGAAGAUCGUCCCUGGCCUCCUCCAGGCCACCUUCCUCAUGGCCAGAGUCCGCUUCCUCUCCGGUGAUGUGGAGGCGGCCCAGGGCAGCCUGCAGCACUGCCUGGAGUUGAACCCGUCCCACGCGGAGGCCCAUCUCCUCAUGGCCCAGAUCCACACCCUGCAGGGCAACUUCAAGCUCUCCGCACAGUCCCUGGAGCUCUGCCUCAGCCACAACUUUGAGAUCCGAGAGAACCCCAUGUACCACCUGAUCAAGGCGCAGGCCCAGAAGGCUCUGGGGGAGCGGCAGGAGGCGGUCAAGACGCUGCAGAUGGCCAUGAGCCUGCCCGGGGUGCGGAGGGCCGGCUCCCAGAAGGGCUGCGGCAGUAAGAGGGGGGGCGUGGACCUGGGCACCGCAGACUGUGUCUCCAUCUUCCUGGAGCUGGCCGAGGCUCUGUGGAUGAACGGGGAGCAGCACGAGGCUGCCAAAGUGAUGCAGGACGCCAUCAACGAGUUCACGGGCACCGUGGAGGAGCUGAGGGUGACCAUCGCCAACGCCGACCUGGCACUGCUGCGCGGCGACACCGAGCUGGCUCUGAGCAUGCUCAGAAACAUUACCCCCGAGCAGCCUUACUACAUCCAGGCCAAGGAGAAGAUGGCCAACAUCUACCUCAACCACCGCAAGGAGAAACGCCUCUACGUCAGCUGCUACAGGGAACUGGUGGAGAAGGCCCCCAGCCCCCACACAUAUCUCUUGCUGGGAGAUGCCUAUAUGGACAUACAAGAGCCGGAGAAGGCCAUUGAGGUGUACGAGCUGGCGCUGAAAAAGAACCCCAAAGAUGGCGCCUUGGCCAGCAAGAUCGGGAAAGCACUCGUUAAAACCCACAAUUACGCAAAGGCCAUAAGCUAUUACGAGGCGGCGCUGCGGAGCGGGCAGCAGAACUUCCUGCGCUACGACCUGGCUGAGCUCCUGCUGAAGCUUAGGCAGUACGAGGACUGUGAGAAGGUCCUGCAUGAGGCCCUCACCCAUGACGCCGCAAACGAGCUGUCGGUGCUCUCGGAGGAUUGCCGGUACCUGGUGCUGCUGGCCAAGGUCCAGAGCAAGGUUGCCAAAAAUAACGAAGCCAUUCUGGCCCUCACCAGGGCGCGAGACGUCCAGGCGAAGGUGCUGAAGCGCGUGCAGUUGGAGCAGCCGGACGGCGUUGCCCAGCAGAAGCAGCUCGCCGCCGAGAUCUGCGCCGAGAUCGGCAAGCACUACGCCAGCCAGAGGGGCUACGAGCGCGCCGUCAAGUUCUACAAAGAGGCCCUUGUUUAUUGUGAGAGCGAUAGCAAGGUGAUGCUAGAGCUGGCUCGGCUGUACCUGACUCUGGACGACAUCGACGCCUGCCAACAGCAGUGCUGCGCGCUCCUGAAGAGCGACCAAGCCAACGAAUCAGCAACUCUGAUGAUGGCGGACCUGAUGUUCAGGAAGCAGGACUAUGACCAGGCCAUUUUCCACUUUCAGCAGCUCCUGGAGCAAAAGCCGGACAACUACCCGACGCUGUCACGUCUGAUCGACCUGCUGAGGCGAGCAGGCAAGCUGGAUGAGGUCCCCCGUUUUCUGGACAUGGCUGAGAAGCACUCUCCCAGGGCCAAGUUUGACUCCGGCUUCAACUACUGCAAAGGUCUUUACCUGUGGUACACAGGUGAGCCCAACGACGGGCUACGGCACUUCAACAAAGCCAGAAAGGACAACGACUGGGGCCAGAACGCCGUCUACAACAUGAUUGAGAUCUGCCUGAACCCGGACAACGAGACCGUGGGUGGGGAGGUCUUCGAAAACCUGGAUGGUGAUAUCGGGAACUCCACGGAGAAGCAGGAGUCGGAGCAGCUGGCGGUGCGCACGGCGGAGAAGCUUCUGAAGGAGCUGCGUCCCCAGACCAGCGAGGGCCAGGUGCAGCUGCGCAUCCUGGAGCACCACUGCCUGCUGGCCACCAAGCAGACCGCCAACGUGGAGCGCGCCCUCGCCGUCUUCACCGACAUCGCUAACAACGAGAAAGAUCAUGUCCCUGCAUUGCUAGCCAUGGCCACAGCCUACAUGAUCCUGAAGCAGACCCCGCGAGCUCGCAACCAGUUGAAGCGCAUCGCCAAAAUGAACUGGAAUAUCAUCGACGCGGACGAGUUUGAGAAGAGUUGGCUCCUGCUGGCUGACAUAUACAUCCAGUCAGGGAAAUAUGACAUGGCAGGGGAACUGCUGAAACGCUGCUUACGCCACAACAAGUCCUGUUGUAAAGCAUAUGAAUACAUGGGCUACAUCAUGGAGAAGGAGAAGGCCUUUCGAGACGCUGCGUUGAAUUACGAAAUGGCUUGGAAGUAUGGAAAUCACACCAACCCAACAAUCGGGUAUAAACUUGCGUUCAACUACCUCAAGGCCAAGAGAUUCGUGGAUGCAAUAGAUGUUUGUCACAAAGUCUUGGAUGCCCAUCCAAAUUACCCGAAGAUAAGGAAGGAGAUAUUGGACAAGGCGCGAGCUUCUCUGAGAUCAUAGACACAUCAAUUCAGCUGUGUGUGUGUGUGUGUGUGUGUGUGUGUGUGUGUGUGUGUGUGUGUGUGUGUGUGUGUGUGUGUGUGUGUGUGUGUGUGUGUGUGUGUCAGAGAGAUCAAGAAUGUAUAUGAUUGUUUGGUGUGGGAAAAAACCUGCCGACUUAAAACCAGUUUGUAUUGCAGAUUGUGCAGUUGUUGGCACAAUCAUGAACUGAUCCAUUGUAAUGGAUGCCGUGCAUUUUUAUCAAUAAAUAUAAUU